AUGGCCUCGUCUCAUGGAUUCAAUGUUAUGAAUCUAGCGCGUGAUGUGAAGUCCGGCUCAGUCAGAGAUCGAGAAAAGGCUGUAGAUGGUAUGCCUGCCUUUGAACUGGCGCAUCUUCUUAACCCACGGAAUCGAGCUACAAACCUCUCCGACCUCGGUGACAAGAGUUACCACGAGAUAUUUGAAGCUAUUUUCAGUUUUGUCCUUCGAGAGAAACCUAUUUUCUAUGACAAGAAGAAAUCUCAAACAACAAUAAAUGCCACCACCUCUCGGCUAUCAAAAUGCGCCGAUGCUGUACGCAUGACAGUCGGACGUGGUAACCCAAAGAUUGGACGAAAAACACUUCUCGCGAUCGUGGACCACAUCACUCAAGUUCUUCCGGGACCUAAUGGCGAUUUCGUGCCGCCUUUGCUCCAGGACUACAUCAAAGCUUUGACCGAGGUGCUUUCCAGACCAGCUCACGUAGAGAUUCUCGCCAGGAAAGAAGGCCAUCCCUGGGAGCUCUGUGUCGGGUUCUUCCUCAGUGUUGCUCAGUUCUUGCUCCCUGAUGAAGGAGAUGUUUCAACCCUCGUCUUAGCUCGGGCGUCUCCGGCCUUGGUUCGAUCAUCACCAGCCCCAGGAUCAACAGGAUAUGGUCGAUCUGGAGGACGAUCAACUCCUUCCACCCAAAGUCAGAGACGAGCUGCACCUGGCGAGGGUGGUCUACUGAAAGAUGUCUUGGAAGGACUGUACUAUCUUGUUGUUGGUGGAAAUGCACCCCUACUUCGGCAAUUCAAGGAUAUCACGCCAGUAGUUCUCAGAGUCUUGAGCCUCAAACAAGUCAGUCUUGGCUCUUUGCAGACUCUGGCAUUCGCCAUCAUCAAUGCAAUUUUCUCUGCUAUUCACGCUGAUGAUCUGGAGCACUCCAGCUCUCUGGUGCAAACUCUGUUGCCGCUCAUGAGCUACUGGUGGAGAUCAGAGAAAGUAUCCCAGGAUGAAGUGAUCCGCGCGUUAAGAAUUGAGAUCUCUAGAAGUAUCCUCUUGACACACCUUCACAUAGAGCACUUAACUCUCAGGUCGUCGGAUGGAACCAUACGCUUGGACUUGGAAGAUUUAGUAGAGAACAUCUGGUCUGAAUACUCAAGGCGUGGUGAAGCAUUCCGCCUCCAAAUGAGCGACAUCACAUUCGCCUUAUCCUCAUUACCGACCUAUGGCCUACAGCUGGAUGUUUUUGGCCUCCGGCCACAUAAUGUUUAUGGCGAAGGACAUUGGGCUAUCGUCCAAAACCUGGCAUUCCUCGAACGUAUCAUGGCACUGCCUCGUCUGAAAGGACAAGGAGAUGACAAUGGCGAGCAACAAGAUGAGCAGCCACGAAAAAGACGGCGAACUCGUCAAGAUAAUUUGAGCCGCAUCCGGCUUAAGCUAAAGGCUGUUGAUGUCUCAAUCUGCAGGACUGCCCUGCAGUUGAUCCCAUUUCUUUUAGCGCGUAAUUCAUUAAGCCGUGACGAACUUCUCGACUUAUUGCCAGACUUGAUAUUAUUGGCGAAUGACAAGAACCCAGUCACAGCUUCUUGGGCCCUUAUUGCUUCUGCAAGCUGUAUUGCUUACUCGAAAGGCUGCCAUGACCAGGUGGACAUGUGGCAUCAGCUCUGGCGGUUCGCCAUACGAUCUGUCAGUCUGCCAGGAACGAGUCGAGCAGCCGCUGUGCUUCUACACCAGAUGCUUGAAGCAGAUGUUCUCCCUUAUCACACCAUUUCGCAGGACAUUAAUAACAUGGUUACGACUGCCGAUGUUAGUGGACCUAGCACCUUGAGUGAUGCCUCUAUCAGCUUGAUGUUCCAUGUACUUCAUCUACGCAACGCAAAAGUCCCGAGCGCAAGUCAAAGUACAUGCCAUCAUAUCAUUCGAUGGGUCUUUCUACGAUGGAACCCAAAUGAAUCUGCUUUCGCAUCCUAUAACUCCUUGCACGUUCAGCCGAUUCACUUGGUGAACCUCAUUCGAACAUGCUGCGGAACAACAGGCCUGGAGUUGACCUCCCACCCGGCAGCUCCAGGAGGCCCAUUGACAGAGACCUGGAGUUCAUUCAAAGAGAUCGAGUCCUUCACACGGUACAUCCUCCUCUCCGAAGAUACACCUAACAAUCCUGCAACGGUCGGGAGUUGCAGCUUCUCAAAGCCCACAAAUUCGCCACCAUUGGCGGAUGCCAACACACGUUACGCUUCCCAGAAACUCACCCUUGAACUCUUUUACCCUAAGUUGGAUGAACUGAUGGAGCUUUGUACAUCAUGGACGAAGAAGAUGAAUGAAGGCGGUAUCCAAAUCUCUUUUGAUCGCUUCCAAAGUCUUGUAUCGGCCUGUUUGGCGGGCACAUUGUUACUACCAUUGUUUAGCGACAUCAACUCGACUCAGUCUUCGUCUGUUGAGUCAACUCUCAAAGAAAUUCUAGAGAAAGCAUUGAAUUCCGCCUUGACGUCCGUUGAGCCCAAUGCGUUUGUCGAUUCAAUCUUACGAGCCAUCCGGCCCAUUAUGCCUGAUCUAAAUACGACAAGCCUCAACAAGGUUCUUGCAAACAACCCUGGCCUUCUUCAACUUUUCUCUCGAAUGUGGAGCUCAUUUGGAGAACAAAAGGACCAGACGCAUCAUGACAACAGCAUCGACUUGAUGGACAUUGACGAGGAGUUUGACUCACAAAGCAGCAGAGCAAGUUCAAUUCAUGCGCCAAUGGUAGUCCCACGUUUCAACAACCAAAUGAAAUUAGAUAUGCAGGCUUUCUAUACAGAAACGAGGACCCGGCUGAAUUUCCUGUCUAUGAUAAACAACGACGUUGGGCAGAUUGGCCUCAUCCCUGAUGCCUAUGUGGAACAUCUCGUCAACUUGCCGGACGAUGACUUGCUCAUGUGCCAAAACCUGCUACUAGACAUCUCUACCUCUGAUCUCGUUGUCACCCCGGAUAACGCGCUUUCAAUUAUCGAGAGACUUGGGGAGUAUAUUGGCCAACCUGAUUACCAGUGUGCCGAAGUUGUGUUAAGCACUUGCAUUGGAGUGAUCGAUGGGCUUCACCCCAUUUGGCUCAAUGAUAAAAAACAUCUUUCAGACCGAGUGGGUGAUCUUUAUUAUCAUUUUAUCAAGAUCUGUCUCACAUCAAACAUAUUCUCGCCAAGGGCCCAAACAUCUAUGGUUCGAUUAUUGUUUACCCUGCUCCGAACCAACACAGAAUAUGGCAAAGAUCAAGGCCUUGAUUCGCCUCGAACAUGUUUACUUUACAUCCUGAAGAACGGACCGAUGCUGGUCAAAUUCGCUAUCUCCCUGAAGAUCGCUAGCGUUUUCGAUCUUUUUGUUCUCAAGCUUCAUGAUGAAGUUUUUGUGGAUGUGCUGGACAGUUUACCAACCAACCCUCUCGAUACUACUGGUAUCGCAUUCCGCUUGCUAGUCUUGUCAAAUCUCGCAUGCCGAUGGUCGACAUUGCUUCGGAGAUGUACUUAUCACAUUUUCGAAACCCCAGGAAAGAUAUCGGACUCGACUCAUUAUGCGACUCGAUGCUUGAUCAAUGUGUCAAACACGCUGAAAUUGGAAUCACCAAAAGCUUUGUUCCGCCUGUUCUCCCGACAACUCUUGUAUACCUGGUUGGAAUGUGACCCGAUUCAGGAUAUCCCAUUCUCCAUCUUUGGUUUCGCGACCCUUGGAGAUCUCCUCAAGUCUGCCCAGUCCGAAGCCAUUGGCUUGACAGUAAUGAGAGGACAAGACGAGGCAUUUGCAGAGGUGUGCCGCAACCUAGGAAGUUCUGAAGGCGAGCUCGUUCGUCAAAAUUUCACUACUGCCAUUGCAUAUAGCAUGAUCUUUGGUGACUCAAAUGGGGGCGAGGACAAGGAGCGAGGCGAGGCACACAUCAAAAAGUUACUCGGAAGUCAAGUGUAUAUGGACUCUAUUUAUAUCAACCUUGUUGAUAUAGCGGCCCUCUUCUUUGACCUAAUCGACCAAGAAAAUUCUCUGGAGAGGGUGUUUGCCAGGUACAAGCUUGACUACGCCGGCGAAAUCAUGGGUGCUGUGAAAGCCAUUUCUCAUUCACCUGCUGAGCUACCAGCUAACCAACAGCCAAUGUUCAAGGCUAAGUAUCUCAUCCAUGAACUUCACAGGCUCUGCCAAAACACGGAAUUCCAAUUUCACGACCUAUGGACGCCACCUGUAGUUGUCUCGAUCGCUCGAAAGCUUCUCAAUACGGUACAUCCAGCUUUAGGUCCCCUGCAUGCAUGUUCUGUUCUUCGAAAAGUUCGAGUCUUGAUCUCCCUUGCCGGGUCAGUCGCUUGGGACUCUUAUCCUCUAGAAAUGCUUCUGAACGCAACCCGUAAGUUUAUCACAGACUCGGAAUGUGCAGAUGAUGCACUUGGAAUUAGCCAGUAUCUCCUGGGUCAGGGUGCCAAGCAUCUCAGCAACGUGCCAUCAUUUCUCGCUGGUUAUGCCCUUUCGACCCUCGCGUCGCUCCGAGUCUUCCUAGAAUCGAGCCAGUCAAGCACUACCCAGGAAAGUCAGUUCAAAGCAACUAUGAGCAAGGCAGAAAAGUUCCAUGGAUGGUUCAGCAAGUACCUGGAAGAGUAUGACUCGCCAAUGUUUAAGAAUCUUGCGCAGAGAAGUGCCUUCAAAUCCAUAACACAGUCUGCUGCUCGCAUUCGAUCUUCUGGAAAUGCUGAAAGAGGUACUGCUGAGAGCAAACUAUUGCUGGAUAUCUUAGACGACGGUGGCGCAGAUCACCAGCUUCUUAACGAUUCUUCUCGCCAGCUAGCUCUCGGUCUACUUUGUAGCGACUUCAGCAUUCCUGCAUCAAUCAAGGACGACAUCAUCGAAUCUGACCAAGAUGCUGUAAAGCAUUCUACGGCUGUAUGGAAAAGCUGCGAUACAGAAAAUCUGAGUGAGGAGUAUCUAGCAUGGGCAGGACGAGUUGUUGGGCGAGCGUUUUCGGCUUCCGGAGAGAUCCCAGUCAAUAUUCUACGCGAAUCGCAUCUUACUCGCUACCAACAAAUAGCUCCUGGAUCAAAUGGCUCAGAGAUGGGAAUACUUUACCUGCUUCAGGACCUCACCUCAAACCCCGAUUCUGUCACUGCUGGUCUUGCCGAAGCUGCUCUGCGAUCUAUUGUCUCGGAUGCUGCUAUACUUGAGGAUGAGCCACUAACUGUAGCUUGUCAGAAGAGCUUAGCGGAGUCUCUCUUAAUAACUUCUCAAUGGGGCUCACACAGAUCUCCCCCGUCUGACAAAGCCCCUGUUGCUCCUCCUUCUUCACCAGAUCAGCAGGACGUGUGGUCUGUUGAGAUCACUUCGAAAGAUUGGCUCCCGACCCUGAGCGCACAUCUUGCUCAAUGUGUUCCAGAGUCAAUCAUUCUCUCAGUCCUUGCCCCUAUUCUCGCCAGAGUUGAGCACUUCGCAGAGAGCGCGUUUCCUUUCGUUGCUCAUCUUGCGCUCUACUUUCCGAUAAACCAACAACACUCCCCUAAGCGCCCAUUUUCUGUGGCGAUCAAGAGCUGGUUGAAAUGCACUGAUCCUGCAGCCAAAGCAAAUCUGAAGCUUCUUAUCAACAUCCUUCUGUAUCUCAGGACACAGCAGUACCCCAAAGAAUCUUCAAUAGCUGACCGAUCGCAUUGGCUAGAGGUGGAUUCCGCGAUGGUCGCAUCAACGGCGUCGCGAUGCGGCAUGUAUAAGACCGCUUUGCUAUUCGCUGAGUAUGUUACUCCUGAAACCUCGCGGUCCUCAAGAAGGUCCUCGGCUGCAAAGGAGGUGGACAUGAGCGACACUCUCCUUACCAUAUUUGAGAAUAUUGAUGAUCCAGACGCAUACUAUGGACUACCCGAGGAACCCAGCCUUUCUAAGGUUGUCGCUCGUGUGGAAUAUGAGAAUGAUGGUCCCAGAAGUCUUGCAUUCCGAGGCGCCAUGUACGACAAUCAUAUCUUUUACGGAGAUCCAAUGGCUCAGUCAGACGAACAAGCUCUAGUCAGAGCCUUGGGUACACUUGGAUUGUCAGGACUCUCGAACUCACUUCUUCAGACACAACAAAACAUGGAGUCAUCCCCAGCUGCUCUCGAGGACACUUUCAAUACUGCUAGGAAACUAGGGAUUUGGAACCUCCCUGCUCCCUCAAGUGAUCAUCACGCGGUUACAGUAUACAAGGCGUACCAAAGUAUUUCUCAGGCAGCCGAUAUUGCGAAUGUCCGAACAGCUGUGCAUGAGGGCUUCACUCGCACGAUGAGCAGCUUGGCCGCCCUCGAUCUGAACGCAACUUCAUUGAGGAAACGACUUGGAGCUUUGGCCUCAUUAACCGAGCUUGACGACGUUAUAGGCGUUUCUGACACGUCAGAGAUGGAUGGUCUUAUCGACAAAUUCAAAACUCGAAGCGAUUGGAUGCGGAGCGGACUGUACGGUAGUGUUAGCCAGAUCUUGUCUUGUCGUGGCUCUACGAUGAGCAUGCUUUCCGCAGCUGCUGCAAGGCAAAUGGAGGUUGAAGCAAUGAUUACCGCAUCCCAGAUCUACCGUUAUCACCAAGCGACACAAGAGAGUCUAAGAAUAUCCACAGGGCUCACCAAGCUCAUCCCAACAUGCGCCGCCUUAGACAUUCAUGUUGAUGCAGCGGUCAACAUCGAGACAGCUAAUUCUCUCUGGGAUUUUGGUCAGAUGAGCACAUCCAUCCGUAUGCUACAAGGCAUUGAUAGAGAUGCUUCCCUCAAAAAGCAAACUCUGCCGGUCAGUCGAUCUGACUUACUUUCGAAGAUUGGGUACCAGGUUUCUGUCGCUCGCCUUGAAGAGCCGCAUGACAUUCAGAAAAAUUACCUGGAACCGGCACUCAAGGAGCUCAAAGGCAAAGGCCAAGGUCCCCAAGCAGGUGCUGUUUUUCAUCAGUUUGCCAUGUUCUGUGAUCAACAACUGCAGGACCCAGAUGGCCUGGAAGACCUGAAAAGGCUUCAAAAUCUAAAAAAGGCCAAGGGCGAUGAGGUGUCAGAACUGAAGACCCUUGUCAGCGGUACAAAGGAUACUCAGCUGAAAACCAGAUAUUCACAUGUCUUGAACAAGGAGAAGCAAUGGCUAGACCUUGAUGAGCAGGAAUUGCGACGAGUCGAGCAGACUCGCAGUGAAUUCGUUCGGCUGAGUCUCGAGAACUACCUCCUAUCUCUUAUCGCAUCUGAUGAACACAAUAAUGACGCCCUUCGUUUUACGGCUCUUUGGCUGGAGCGAUCAGAAGAAGAGGCUACAAAUAAGGCGGCUAUGCGACAUUUGUCUGAUGUGCCAACAAGGAAGUUUGCUGGUCUCACCAAUCAGUUGACAUCUCGAUUGCAAGACCAGGACACCUCGUUCCAGAAACUACUAUUGGAGCUGGUCUACAAAAUCUGUGUAGACCAUCCUUAUCACGGGAUGUAUCAGAUCUGGUCUGGAACCAAGGCAAAAGCGCAGCAGAAGGAUGAUGUUGCCGUUUUACGUGUCAGAGCAACAGAUCGUGUUGCGAAACGCCUUGCCGAGACGCAAACUGUAGCCAACAUUUGGCUCUCGAUCGACAAGACAAGCAAAUACUAUCACGCCCUUGCCAUGGACCGGAACCCGAACAGGUACAAGUCAGGAGCGAAGAUCCCACUCAAAGAGUCUACGCCCGGGCACAACCUCAUCAAUUGCUUGAUCAAAUACCGUAUUCCAUCUCCAACUAUGCACAUCGAACUCUCCCCUACAAAAGAUUACUCAAAGGUCCCGAUCAUCUCCAAAUUAGAGCCCACCAUGACCAUUGCUUCAGGCGUCAGUGCUCCCAAGAUCAUUACUGCCAUUGGAAGUGAUGGCAUGCGCUACAAACAGCUUGUCAAAGGAGGACAUGAUGACCUGCGGCAGGAUGCUAUCAUGGAACAGGUCUUUUCGGCCGUAUCAUCUCUGCUGAAGCUUCAUAGGACGACUCAGCAGCGCAACCUAGGAAUCAGGACAUACAAGGUAUUGCCACUUACUGCAUCCUCAGGCCUGAUUGAAUUCGUCCCCAACACGAUCCCACUUCACGAGUUCUUGAUGCCCGCCCAUGAAAGAUACUACCCAAGAGACUUGAAGGGCUCCCAAUGUCGUAAGGAAAUAUUUGGGGUUCAAAGUCGGACGGUAGAAACUCGAAUCAGUACCUAUCGCAAGGUCACGGAGAAAUUCCAUCCAGUCAUGAGAUACUUCUUUAUGGAGCACUUCAUGGAUCCAGAUGAAUGGUUCCUAAAAAGACUAGCGUACACCAGAAGUACUGCGGCUAUAUCGAUGCUGGGGCACGUUCUUGGUCUAGGAGACCGACAUGGGCACAACAUUCUCCUGGACCACAAGACAGGAGAAGUUGUCCACAUUGACUUGGGUGUAGCAUUUGAGGCUGGCCGUAUUCUGCCAGUACCGGAGCUGGUCCCUUUCAGACUGACAAGAGACAUUGUGGAUGGAAUGGGAAUCACCAAGACAGAAGGCGUCUUCCGAAGAUGCUGCGAGUUCACACUAGAUGCUCUAAGAGAAGAGCAGUACUCAAUCAUGACAAUCUUGGAUGUGUUACGUUUUGAUCCGUUGUACACGUGGUCGAUCUCACCACUUCGACUCGCCAAACUUCAAAAGGCGAGACACAACGACGAAACUCCAAUGGACGAUGAACAAAGCGAGGCGGAAACGAAGAAGGGCAAAAAGGCUGCAGGGCACGUCAACGAACCGUCUGAAGCUGAUCGUGCUUUAGAGAUUGUGAGAAAGAAGCUUUCCAAGACGUUGAGUGUGACUGCAACGGUAAACAAGUUGAUCAAUCAAGCCACAGACGAGCGAAAUUUGGCAGUAUUGUAUUCUGACUCAUCAUCCUCAGCAUCACCUCCCUUUGCCACCUCCAAGCGAGCGCGCUUCGAAAUGACCACCGCCAAAGCGCGGGGCAAGCUCCCCGAGACCAUCGACCUGACGCAGCCAUCUUCUGCGUUCAAGCCUUAUGCUGGUUCCAAGAAGCUUGUUAUCAAGAACCUGCGAGCGCCCACGAGUCGAGAUACGCAGGUCGCCGAGUACUAUAAGCGGACGGAGAAGGAGCUCGAGGAUUCCCUUGAUGCUGUCUUUGCAGGACGGACACCUGACGUUCCCUUGGAGAGGCUGUACAGGGGUGUUGAGGAUGUCUGUCGAAAGGGGGAUCCCGCGAAGGUGUACCAAAUGCUCAAAGAGAGAAUUGAUAUACACUUGCAGCGGAUUGUGCUACCUAGAAUCCAGAGGAAUGGACUCGCUUCGAACCUCGAUACUUUGAAGAGCGCACUAGCGGAAUGGAAGGUUUGGAAUACACAAACAAUAUUGAUUCGAUCAACAUUCAGCUACCUGGACCGAACAUAUUUAUUACAGAAGAAUCUCGCAUCUAUAAACGAUAUGGCGAUCCAGCAAUUCAGAAAGAUGACAUUCCCAUCCCAGAGUCAUGCCUAUAAAAACUCCGUCGGCGUCAAGCUAAUCGCAGGUGUUUGCAAUUUGGUUGAGAAUGAUCGAAGAGGCAUCGACCAAAUUGAACCGGCAUUACUGAAAGAUUCCAUCAUGAUGCUUUAUGUCUUGGAGGUUUAUGUCAAGCACUUUGAGCCCUACUUUUUGGAGCAAUCUGAGAAAUAUUUCAAGGAAUUUGGUGAAGCUUGGAGCACAUCAAGUCUCAAGGAUUACAUUUUGGUUUGCGAAAAGUUACUGAAAAAGGAAGACUAUCGCUGCAUCCAAUUCAACCUCGAUAGUACGACGGAGAAGCAGCUUAUGGACUCUGCGCACACCCAUCUCAUCACCAACUACUCAGAAAAGCUUCUCAACGGUGGCAACCUGGCGAAGCUGCUGGCUGAUAGAGAAGUUGAGUCAAUGAAGGCUUUGUAUGACUUGCUUCGUUUAUCAGGCAUCCAAAAGAAGAUGAAGGAUCCAUGGGGCGACUACAUUCGAUCAACGGGUUCAGCAAUCAUCAGCGACAAGGACAAGGGCGACCAAAUGGUUUUGCGCUUAUUAGAGCUCCGUCGAUCACUCGACUUGAUGAUUCGAGAUGCUUUCAAUAAGGACGAAGACUUCCUUUGGGGCAUGAGGGAUUCUUUUGGGAAGUUCAUGAACGACCGCAAGGCUGCUUCUUGCUGGGACACAGGAACAUCCAAGAUCGGCGAGAUGAUCGCCAAAUAUAUUGACAUGCUUCUGCGAGGUGGCUUGAAGUCAUUACCCAAAGAGCUUUUGUCAGAUGUGAAAGAUCGAGCGACAGCUGAGAAAGAAGGUCAAGCCAGCACUGGUGAUGAGGAUGCUGAGCUUGAUAGACAACUUGAUCAGGCGCUCGAGCUGUUCCGCUUCAUCGAGGGCAAGGACGCCUUCGAGGCAUUUUACAAGAAAGACUUGGCUCGGAGAUUGCUCAUGGGACGAAGUGCGAGCCAAGAUGCUGAGCGUAACAUGUUAACAAAGCUUCGAGGAGAGUGCGGUGCGAAUUUUACACAUAAUCUGGAACAGAUGUUCAAGGAUCAGGAACUUGCCAAAGAUGAAAUGGAGUCUUUCAAGCAAUGGUGUCAAGGCAGUGCUGAGCGUAAGAAUCCUCUGGACCUUUCCGUCAUGAUCCUGUCGGCUGCUGCGUGGCCAACCUACCCCGAUGUUCGUCUCAACCUGCCGGAUGAGGUUGCUACGCAGAUCGAGAGAUUUGACAAGUAUUACAAGAAUAAGCACACAGGACGAGCCUUGACGUGGAAGCACUCAUUAGCUCACUGCUCCCUCAAGGGUAUCUUCGCCAAGGGUCCGAAGGAGCUUCUUGUAUCUGCAUACCAGGCUGUGGUUCUGAUGAUGUUUAACAGCGUGCCAGCCGAUGGAUUCCUGGCAUAUGAACAGAUUGCUACAGGAACCGGUCUUUCAGGCGGUGAUCUUGAUCGCACACUGCAGUCGCUCGCUUGUGGCAAGGCGCGAGUGCUAACCAAGCACCCAAAGGGUCGUGAUGUCAAGCCUACUGAUACGUUUACAUUUAACAAAACAUUUACGGAUCCCAAGUACAGAGUCAAGAUUAAUCAGAUCCAGCUGAAGGAGACAAAGGAAGAGAACAAGGCUACGCAUGAAAGAAUUGCGCAAGACCGACGUUUUGAGACACAGGCAGCCAUCGUUAGAAUAAUGAAAAGUCGCAAGAGCAUGGGCCAUAGCGAGCUAGUGGCAGAGGUUAUCAACCUGACAAAGAAGAGAGGUAGUGUUGAGCCGGCGGCGAUUAAGAAGGAGAUUGAAAGCAAAAGACGAAACCUGGGAAUCGAACAUCGAACAAAAAGAAACGAAGCAAGGGGGGACCAUAGGGGGCAAGGCUAUCCAUGUCUGCAAGAAACUGUUGAUUGGUGA